AUGCAGCUCGUGAGAUUUAUGUUCACAAUCUUGGUAAUCGCUUUUUUCAUUGCGACUCUUUCACAACGUGUUUCUGCGGUCAACUACCAGGAGUGUCUGUCUGGUUUACAAUCCCUGUGUAACUCGACAGUUGAUGGACAGGAAUGCAAUACAUCAAUACUAUCUGGACUUCUCGAUGGCUCUGGAAAGCCCACCUCACCAAACGAGUCAAUUGCUAUGUCAUAUGGAUUAUGCAAGGCUUACUGUGGGACUUCCCAAGAGCCAUUUUCUUGGACAAACUUCUCGCAGCAGUUUAGUGGAUGGCUGCUCCCGUAUCUGGCCCUCAUCUCGCAGUUGCCUUUUGGGGCAAAACACCGACUAGAUAAUUUGACAUCCAUGUUUCUCACUGUAGGCUCCCCUACGUUGGCUGGUUACUCCCUCAUUAUAACCGUCCUCAAUUCACGAUGGAUCAUCCGCAGAUUCGAGGUUAUCGAUUAUCCUAACGCAGAUUUUGCGGUCCGCAUACUCAUCAGUCUCCAACAAGCCCCAUUACGUGUAACGUCAGAGGAUUCACUGCUAGCUUCCCUCGUCGUACUUCCCGAGAAUGACGAGUGGUGGAGCGAGCUUGCCCAGCUCAUUGACUAUACCCAUACAUGGUCACUUUCGGCUGCAACGUCUAUCAUUUGGGUUGUCAUCGCGUAUCUGUUUACCGUCGUCGACUCUCUUGAAAACCUCGACGCUAACAUCAACUCUAAUGGUCAAGCCGUCGGUUCUGUCUGGCUAUGGCUGUUGUCCAUUGUCAUCGGAUGGCUUCAGCUUUCGCCCAAAUGUGAUUACAGCCGUAUUAGUAAGAUCCUAGGCCGGGCAAACGCAAUGGCGUUUGUCGCAAGUAGUUACGGCGCGGUUAAAGCAUCCUCGAGGAGUCGACGACGUGCCGUCUCAAUAGACGCUGUAUAUGACAACACUCUUUUCUUCGCUGAUGAAAACCGCAGCCCACCGAUCUUCAAUUAUGCGCGAGCUAUUUCGUGGUCGCAAUCUGCGGAGGAGGUUUGUGAUGCAUUCUGCAUGGCUUCGAGGAAUGCAGGUUCACACAGACCUAUUGAUCCGAACGCUGAGUGGCAGGACAAUGGAAAAAGCGAUGAUAUACAUCUAGCCAACCGGAUGGGCCCCCCUGAUGCAGUCGAUUCAUACUGUCUUGCGCCCACAGAUACUGUUCGGAGCAGGUGGGGGUCCGGUAUAUUUGCGCGGAUGUGCGUUGCGUCUCUCAUGGCACUGCUUUUGCAAUGGGGAACCACCGGCGCUGCUUUGCUUGGCGUGUUGUACACACCUACUACAGGUUUAGGAUGUCGGUCAUUAGCUUAUUUAACUUAUGGGAUUAUUUCAACACUCAUAUGGAUGAUAAUGGUCGCCUCUAGUGUCCUGGCUCAUUACGCUUCUCAUCGACCUAAAGCUGGUUCCUCUCGUGUUGCACUUUUCCUUUCUGAAAGUUUAUGUUGGCUUGGAAAGGCCAUGGCGACGAUUAACGGUAUUGGAAUAAUUGCGGUAUGCGUGUUCCAGUUCAGCAACGUCUUCGACACUUGUUUCUGUAAUGCAAGUGUCUUUGGCCGAGGAAAAUCAGCGUAUUCGGUCGUGUAUCCUGCAAUUGGCGCCUUAGACUCAACAAGGAAAGCAUGGAUAGGUGGCCUAGUCAUGGCAUCGGGAUGUGCUGUUGGUUUUGUUUUGUUUGUGAAUCUUGUCGUUGACUCGCUUUCUUAA